AUGCAAGAUUUGGACAAUUUUCAAGGAUAUUCAAUUAAAUUACCAACCGUAGAUUUUCCACCACGCUGCUUCAACUAUACAAACCGGCAAGGACAAUUGGUGUAUGCUGGUUAUAUUCACAAAUUAAUAUCGCUUUUCUUUCGACAUCACAAUGGAACUGUUGAAUAUUUCUUUGCCGAUAUGUGGUCGGAAAAUUUUACCAUGCAAUCUGCUUUAAUUCAAUGUGUACCGGUGGGUUGUACCUUCUUACCGAUAUUAUUGGAUGCUCACAAGCUAUUUGUACCCAGUUGGUCACCCUUUUUAGUGAGGAUAUUGUUAUUGGUACCCGCAGCUCAAGAAAUACCAAAAAGUUUAUAUUUGCUGAUACCAUUUGAUGGCAUUGUGUGGUCUUUGGUGAUAAUCACUGGAUUUCUAUUUGUCUUGCUCAUGUUUAUCAUAUUACAAUGUUCGAAAUUCAGAAGCUGCGAUCUGAGUUUAAUGUUUAUGGAAGCUUUAAGGGUCAUACUCUUUGUGGCACUGACGACUGUAUCCAAUGAUCGGAACCUAAAACAUUUCCUCCUCUGUUUACUUUGCCUAUUUACUGGCCUCUUUCUAACGAAUUUCUACACCUCAAGUCUUUGGAGUUUGUAUACCUCCAAGGUAUAUGAAAGUGAACUGGAACUUCUCAACGAUAUUGGAGAUACCAAUUUGAAAAUCAAUAUCUAUAGCCUGGAUAAGGAGUACUACGACAUUAUGUCACAUAAUUUGCCACCCAUAAUUAAACAACGCAUUUACAUUGGAGAUGAUGAUCAAUUUACGUCGAAUCGACAAAAUUUAAUUAUGACCCACAUCUACCCAGCCAUAGAAGAUUUAGUUGACUACGUACUUCUUCAACAAAUGUAUUUAACUAGACCAAGGGCCAUAAAGUUAGCCGAGCCAAUUUAUCAUCGACUAUUUUUCAUAUCAAUGCAUCCGAGAACACCAUUCCAACAACAAUUCAAUCGUUAUCUUUCGCGCCUUUUUGAAAGUGGUAUCUUCAAUAAAUUCAUCAGAGAUGCACAAUGGGAUGGCUUGUCCGGUGGAAAAUUUAGGCUUUUUAAAGAUGAGCAGGGCAGCAAAGAAGCUUUGACAUUGGCAUUUUAUCAAUAUGCUUUCAUCAUGCUGCUGUGCGGAUGGGGAGCAGCUAUUGGCAUUUUCCUUGUGGAAUGUCUUUUGAGAUGGAGAUGUAAAAUUAAAUAA